AUGGGUGUUGAUGAUUAUGGUUCCAAGUUGUGUUUGCAAAACCAUCUUCUGUCUAAUAUUUUGAACCAAAAGGGUAUGAGGGUAGAUCAUUUGGGUGCAAUAAAAGAAUGGCUACAAGAUCAAAGAGUGCUUAUCAUUCUUGAUGAUGUAGAUGAUCUAGAGCAGUUAGAGGUAUUGGCUAAAGAACGUUUUUGGUUCGGUUGUGGAAGUCGGAUCAUCGUUACCACACAAGAUAAAAAUAUUUUUAAGGCCCAUGGGAUAGAAGAUAUCUACCAUGUGGAUUUUCCAUCUAGUAAAGAUGCUCUUGAGAUGUUAUGUCUAUAUGCUUUCAAACAAAGUUCUGUGCCAGAUGGUUUUGAAGAGGUUGCAAGUAGAGUAGCAAAGCUUUGCGGUUAUCUUCCGUUAGGACUUUCUGUUGUGGGUUCAUCUCUGCGUGGGGAGAGCAAGGACGAGUGGGAAGUUCAGGUAUCUAGGAUCGAAUCUAGUCUUGAUAGAAAAAUCGAGGAUGUGCUGCGAGUCAGUUAUGACAGAUUGGUGAAGAAAGAUCAAGAUUUGUUUCUCCACAUCGCAUGCAUCUUCAACAUAUGUUACACUGUUGGUUAUGUGAGAAGCAUGCUCGGCGACAGUAAUUUGGAUGUGGAAAACGGGCUGAAGACCCUUGCAGUCAAAUCUCUUGUAAAAAUCAAUGCUCAUCCUGAUUCUAAUUACUCUGAUCAGAGUAUAGUGAUGCACUCUUUACUAGAACAAAUGGGUAGACAAGUAGUUCAUCAACAGUCGGAUGAGCCAGGGAAACGUAAAUUUUUAGUAGACGCCAAAGAGAUACGUGAUGUACUAGGAAAUAAAACAGGCACUGGAUCUGUCAUAGGUAUAUCACUUGAUAUGUCUAAGGUGGGCGACUUCUCUAUAAGUGGGCGAGCCUUUGAAGGAAUGCCUAAUCUCCGUUUCUUAAAAAUCUAUGCGAGCCCAUUGCAAUUGCAGAUGUCAGAAGACAUGGAAUAUCUACCUCGUCUAAGGUUACUAGAUUGGCAUUCAUACUCGAGAAAACGUCUUCCUCCAAAUUUUCAACCUGAAUGUCUCAUAGAGCUCAAUAUGAAAGAAAGCAAUCUUGAAAAGCUCUGGGAUGGAAUCCAGCCCCUUCCAAAUCUCAAGACGAUAAAUCUGGCUUAUUCUCAAAAGUUGGAAUCAAUCCCAAAUCUUUCGAAGGCUACUAAUCUAGAGACAUUGAGUCUAGGUGGAUGCACAAGUCUGGUGGAGCUUCCCUCUUCUAUUAGGAAUCUAUACAAACUGAAAAGGCUGUGUAUGGGGACCUGCGUAAAGCUACGAGUUAUUCCCACCAACAUCAACUUAGCAUCUCUUCAACAUGUCAACAUGAGUCACUGCUCAAGCUUGAGAAUUUUUCCAGAUAUUUCAAGGAACAUCGAGCUUCUCAAUGUAAGAGACACAAAGAUAGAAGAUGUUCCUGCAUCAAUUGUUGGACGUUUGUCUCGUUGUAGGUGGCUUACGAUAGGCAGCAAAAGCCUCAAGAGAUUAACACAUGUCCCAGAAGGUGUAACGCGCUUAGACCUGAGCCAUAGUGAUAUAAAGAAGAUUCCAGAUUGCGUCAUACGUCUCCCUGUACUAACUUGUCUUAUCCUCCAGAACUGCAGAAAGCUUGUGUCAUUGCAGAGCCUUCCACCUUCCCUUUUGGAUCUUGAUGCAACUGAUUGUGGAUCGCUCAGAAGCGUAUGUUUCUUGUUCUAUGAAACAAAAACUUGUAUUACUCUCAACGACUGCAAGUGUGUUAAAUCGGAGAAUGACGCAAUAAGAGUAUCUUCCUUUUUCUACGAUCCAUCCAUAAAAGUCAGCUUCCUCAACUGUUUCUCCCUUUCUGAAGAAGCAAGAAGAGUAGUCAUACAAGGAUGGGGUUUCAAGAAUGUAUUGUUACCAGGUAAAGAAGUACCUGCAGAGUUCACUCACAAAGCGAAAGGAAACUCUGUAACCAUCUCUUCAGGGAUUUUCUCUGCGUCCUCAAGAUAUAAGGCUUGCCUCCUGCUUUUACCAGUCAAAACAGCUCGGCUGAACCUUCGAAUCCAUUGUCAUGUAAGAAGCAAAGGAGUUCUCAUCAACAAUCUUAACUACUCUUCUGAUAUUGUACCAUUUGAUGACCUCCUAACUGAACACCUGUUAGUAUUUUCUGGGGCCCUGUUUAAAGAACACAUAUGCGUUGAAGUGGACGCAGCUAAGAACGAGAUUCAGUUUGAAUUCAUCUGCAAGAAUUACGGUGUGGAGAAUGUUGAUGACAUGAUUAUUGAGUGUGGUGUACAGAUGUUGGCGGAUGAAGGUGAGAUAAGAGUAUCUUCCUCUUUCGAUUAUCCUAACAGACGAGUUAGGUUCCUCAAUUGUUUGUUACUUGAUGAAGAAGCAAGAAGAGUAAUCAUACAACGAUGGGCUUGCGAUUCUGUAUUAUUACCAGGCAAACAAGUCCCUGCAGAGUUCAUUCACAAAGCGAAAGGAAACUCCAUAACCCUCUCUUCAGGGACUUUCUCUUCGUCCUCAAGAUUUAAGGCUUGCCUCCUGCUUUCACCCAACAUAAAGGUCGAGUUAGACUAUGUUAUUGUUUGUCGUCUAAGAAGCAAAGGGGUUCUCAUCAAUGAACUUAGGUUUUGGGAAACACAGUGUCCUCAACUCCUAACAGAGCACCUGUUCGUAUUUCCUGGGCCCCUGUUUGAAGAACAAAGAUGUCUCGAAGAGGACGCGACUACAAGUGAGAUUCAGUUUGAAUUCAUCUGCGAGGAAAUCGAUGACAUGAUUAUUGAGUGUGGUGUACAGAUGUUGGCGGAUGAAGGGGAGAGUAGUAGCAAAGAGCAGAGUGAUGGAGCCGCUGAGGUCUCCAAAGAUUCAAGUGUUGUCAAAAGAAGUAGGCAUACAUGUUGGUGA